AUGGCGGGUGUGCCUACGUCCCCGCCUGCAUCCACUGCAGCGCCAGUGCCAGUGCCAGUGCCAGUGCCGCCACAUCCAGGCAGCAGCCUCGUCUACCACGUCUACUACGGCGGCGGCGCACCAGGGACGCCCGCGCAGAUUGUCGUGCAGCACCACCAUCCGAUGCCGUCGGCUUUCUCAGCAGCCAGCAGUCCCGCCGUGCUCCACCACCAGCACCACCACCAGCAGCAGCCACCACCACUAGCGCAGCCCGUCCAGCAGCAGCAGCAUCCUCCUCCGCCUCUGAUUCCGUCGGGCGUGUUUGUCUCAUCGCCAGCAGGACCCCAGUUUCUUCACAAUGCCGCUCAAGCAGUAAGUUCGCCUGGUUGGUACUCGUUCGCACCACCGAGCCAGCACUCUGCAUGGGCGUCGCCGUCUGCUGCUUCUACUAGUACUGCUGGUGCUGCUGCUGGUGCUGCUGGUGCUGCUGGAAUGCAUCCGCGCGAACAAGCUUUCUACGUGCAUUCACAGACGCUGCUCGGGGAUUUGGCCAGUCGGCUCGGUGGCCACGCUGCUUCGUUCGCAUCCAACAUGGCGUCGCACCCAGCUGCUCAGACAGACCCAUCCCAGAGCGGGGCCGAUGCUGCAAACUCUGCGCCGCUCAGCCUGGGCCUCAAUCCUGAGCAGUCGCGCAUGCUGACCUCGGCGCUUCUGAGCCUCACGGUCAACAUUCUCGGCGGCUUGUUUGUGUUGCUCAUGUACUUUAACUUUAUUCUCUUGCGGCCGUAUCUGGCGCCAAUGUUUUGGGCAGUGCUGUGCUCCUUGCCGCUCCGAUCGACGCGCGUCUGGCUAGGGCAGGAGAUUCGGCGCGCCCUCGACACGACAGCACAGCUCUUCCAGAUUGUCACUGGAAGUGGCGCCAGCCCUGUCGCCGACGAUACCCCGCUCAUCAUGUCGUACUCGUUCACGCGAUCGUUGCUGCGUAUGUUUACUGUCUUUCGAUCCGCUGUGCGCGUCUUCCACAUGAUGCUCGUACGGCUGUACUGCGACAUGCGAGAGUAUGCCGAGGCCUUCAAGGUCAAGUUCUUGGCCGCCUGGAAGCGAACCAUGCGUCGACAGCCACCUCGCAUUCCGCCGCCACCGCCUCAUCCGCCAUGGUCGCAGGCGUACCAAAGCGACGUGAACAAUGAGUCGCUCGGCACGGCGUCCAAGCGCAACUCGCUCGUCCUGAACGACGGAGCCGGUCCGCUCGGCUCGCCAACUCGAUCCCGUGGGUCGAGCUUUACCACCACCGCGAACGACUUUGGCGACACUAGCUUUCAGGAUGAUUUACAAGCACCUCCGAGUCCCGAUCCGCAGCACCGAUCGACGCUUUUUUCGGCCCACGCCCACAGCAGCAGUCUUUUCAACGCGGUGGAUCGCGGGUCAGCGUCCUCCAUUCCAGCACCUCAGCCAAAUCACGAGGCCGAGGGGCUGGAGGACGAAGAGGAUGUUGUCGUUGAUGAUGAGGAUGGCGGCGGUGGCGAUGAGAAUGAUGCCGAGCAGCCAAUCCCGCAACCUCCAGCCUCCCCUCCCAUGUACAUGCCAUCCUCGCCGCUGCGCAACGAAUUCUCGCAGGAACCGCAAGCGUCCAUAAGCGCCAAGUACUUCCGUACCUUGUUCCUUUGCUGUCUGCUCUACAUUUCCUGGGAGCUGGUCUUUGAGGUGAUUGGUGUCGGCACCCUCUUUUUGUUUGUCGCCCUCUGCGGAAUGGCGUUCAUUUGUGCGCUCGCCAUCAUUUCAAUCCUGCUGUUCGUCUACGGCAAUAGCCCGUUCCACAUCUACGAACAUCUCGUGGAUGUGGAUCAGCACUUCAAUGGCUGGCCUUCGCGAGCGCUGGGCAAAAUUCGCGACUUUAUCAUCUUCCCUUACCGACUCGUGGGAGGCUCCAUCUACCACAUGCUGCGGAGCAACGCCGAAGUCAUCGCGACAGUUCUAGUCAUCCUGGCCCUCCUGUUUGGCCUGACAGUCGGGUCGCUCGCGCUCUCGUACAAGUGCUUUUCAGAGACGCGCGAUCUUGCCGACACAACCUACCACUUUUUGGACGAGAAGGUCGUGCACAACACCAAGGUCGUUGCACUGCUGGAUGACCCCCGGCUGCGUUCGGCCGUCCAAACGGUCGUCAAUGCCUCGACCACCUAUGUCGAGAGUCGGUGGACGGAGGUGUUUGGCCCGGACAUCAGCUUCCAGCAGAUUGCCAGCUUGAUCAGCGAAACCUUCCACAAAUCUGUGAAUCCCGGACCUCCGGUCAAUUGCGUGUCGCCCGCCCUCACCUACACGAUCAAGUUGCGCGAUUCCUUCCGCUGUCGCGCUUGGGAAGAGGACGAGUGCGAUGAGUACGUGCCACGCAUGCGGCGCCGAGGCAGGCUGAAUCACCAGCAAGCCACGGUAGACGAUGCUGCAGCAGGGCAAGACGGUCCCCCGAUCACGGAGCCUGGUGGUAGUUCCACGAGUAGUUUCAGUAGUAGCGGUGGUGGUGGUGGUGGCGGUGGCUCCGCUUCCGCUGGCACCACAGGAUGCGGCGACCAUUCUCGCGAUGGCUUUGUCGACGAAGGGCGCCGACCAGCAGCCCGGAUGCAAAGCAGCGCCCGCUCACGCUGGCGUGGCAACAGAGGGGCGGCUGCGCCCAAGCCCUCUCGUGUGUCGAAAUUUGUCCGAGAGCAUCUGCAGGGCGCUCCAACCAUCUCGACUCUGAUUCUGGCAGUGGCCGAGGGCAACUUUGCCUCGCUGGCCGACAAGCAGCUGUACGCCUCGGCCUGGUCUGAGCUGAGUCUUGGCUUCCAGCGCUUCCUCGGCAACGACGUCGAUCCAACCACCGUCCUGCAGGGGGUGUCGACGUCAGCGUCUGCGCUCGGCUCUGGCUUUGCGCGCAGCGUCUUGCUGACGCUCACGUCGUCCUACAACAUUGCGCUCUCGGUUGUUUCGUUCAUGGUCAACUUUGGCGUCUCCUUUGUCAUCUUCUUGUCCAGCCUGUACUACCUGCUCAUUGCCGAACACGAUGUGAUUUCUGCCCUGUUCAACAAGCUCGUCAUGCUGGAUCAGCACUGGAAGACCAACGUGUCCACUCGCCUCUCAACGUCUGUCACCCAAGUCUUUUCUGCCUCGCUGAAGACUGCCGCGUUUCAUGCCAUCUUCACGUGGCUGUCCUUUUCCGUCUUGGGUCUCGACCUGGUAUACAUUAGCUCGCUGCUCGCCGCGUUCUUUGCCCUUGUCCCAUUCGUGCCCUCCUACCUUGUCAGUCUCAUCGGGUUUGUCCAGCUGCUCUUUGACGACUACUUUUGGACGGGCGUGUUUCUAGUGGGAGCUCACCUGAUUGUUUCGUGGGUGGUCGAUCCCGAAAUUCUGACGGAAAUCAAGCAUGCGCACCCAUACAUUACUGGUCUGAGCAUUCUGCUUGGUUUGUACGCCUUUGAUCUACCUGGAGUGGUCAUUGGUCCGCUGCUCGUGUGCGUCGUCCAACUCAUUGCCCGCUUGAUUCAAGAGCAACAACCCCGCGCCAGUGCCAGUGCCACAACAGCGCCUCCUCCUUCAUUGCUUUCGGCGCAGUCGAGCUUUGGAACACCACGGCUGAUACACACCCAGCCAUCAUCCCCAGCCGCCGCCGUCGCCGCUGGCGAGCUAUUUCCCCCAGAAUUGCCCACGGCUACCUCAGCCCAAACUCCUCAUUAA